AGAAAGAGCGACAGAGCAACAGAACAGAGAAGAGCAUCAACUCGCGACGAAUCAGAGGGGAGAAGAAACAAGACAUGGACCCGGACAUGGGCGAGAACUUCGCAUACUACUGGGAGACGCAGCGCUACCUCGAGUCGGAGGAGCUCGUUGACAGCAUCUUCGUGGGGGCGACCGAAGACGCCAUCUCGUACUACGACUCCAGCUCGCCGGACGGUUCACACUCGUCCUCGACGCUGACGGGGGCGGCCAUGCCAGGGGCGGGGAUCGGGAUGGGUGGCACUGGGGCGAACAAGAACAUCCUGAUGGAACGCGACCGCCGCCGCAAGCUCAAUGAGAAGCUCUACACGCUCCGCAGCGUCGUGCCCAACAUCACCAAGAUGGACAAGGCCUCGAUCAUCAAGGACGCCAUCGAGUACAUCCAACAUCUGCAGGCGGAGGAGCGGCAGAUGGAGGCGGAGGUGUCCGCGCUCGAGUCCGCCACCGGCGCGGACGAUGACUGCGACGGCGGCCUCUCCGUGGAGCAGGUCUCCUCGGCACAGAGGAAGAAGGUGAAGCGCGCUCUGUCGGUCUCGUCCAUGAACGACGCCCUGCUCGCCGCGGCGGCAGUUGCCUCGCCGCCCGUGGAGGUCCUGGAGCUGCGCGUGUCGGAGGUGAGCGAGAAGGUGCUGGUGGUGAGCGUGACGUGCAGCAAGCAGCGCGACGCCAUGACCAAGGUGUGCCGCGUGCUCGAGGAGCUCCGCCUCAGGGUCAUCACCGCCAACAUCACUUCCGUCUCCGGCUGCCUAAUGCACACCCUCUUCGUCGAGGUAGAUGAGAUGGAUCGCUUCCAGAUGAAGGAGACGGUGGAGGCUGCUCUCUCGCAGCUUGAUUCUAUCGGAAGCCCGCCGCUUAGUUCGAUGAGCUAUUAGGGACCACUGCUACGAUCACUAGUCGCUUGUCACCUAUUUUCACCUCACCCAGUCUCUCUUUUGCAAGGCCAAUAUAUCUUAUGUAAUGUAUGCCAGAAUUUUGCCUCUCUUUUUACAAGACCCAUAUGUGCGGACGGAGGUGAAUGUUUCUUUUAGUACGAGGCAAUAACUCAAGGGAUAGAUAAUAGGCUAGGUGUGCUUUGGACCUCAUGUGUAAAGGUCUUCAUGAGCAUGGCAUGAUAUGCUUACUAUGACAUAUCUAUGCUGAUAAAUAAGGUGACUAUUUCUAUAUAUAAAUGUUUGUAUGAAAUGUAGUGUCAA